AUAACAGGGGAUAGGGGUUUAGGAGAAUGGGAGUUUACGUGAUGAUGAUGAUGAUGAUGAUGAUGGUGACUAUGUAUAAAUUUGGUUUCUUAUAUGGGUUUUGAUUAUUUUGUAUUUUUCUUUUGGGAUGUUUUAUUCUACUUUUUUUGUAUUUGGUUUUUGUAUGCUUUUUGUGGGGCAUUUCUCCUUUGGCUUUGGUAUUAUACUUUUCACUUUUUUUCCCCCUGCCCUAAUGAAACUGAAGCCAUAUACACCCAUAUCGAAAGGGGGGGGGGGAAGACGAUCUAAUAUCAUACCACGAAGAAUACUCGAGUAGCAGUUGUGAUGCUUUGUCAUGGGAUGCCGGUACCGGUAUUUGUUGCUCGCAGAAUCGGUAUUUCAAAUCGCAGUCACCAAGACAGCCAUCCACCCGUACUCGAGUAUAGUAGGAGUAAAGCACGAUUGUACCGGUAGAUGACGCUCCAUGCGGUACCAUAAUCUGGGCCACGGGGCUAAAGGCAUGGAAGAGACGGUGAAUGCAUCUGUUAGGCACACAAUGGACAGGUCAAUUCGUGCGGAGCCAUGAGCCUCUCUUCAGCACUGACACCUGCUAAUGUAUCAUAGGGCAAUUCGGGAAGGGUUGCUUGCGGGCCCCGAUAAUGACAAUAAUAAUAUCAUUGCUGCCUGUACUGUACAGUACUAUAGUUGUCAUAAUAUUGUAGUAUUAUUAUAUCGCUGUCGCCAUCACGGUGCUCGAGUACUGUACUCGUACCGGGUCUGAGCGGGGAGCUACGAUACCGCCCUCAACCAUUUCAGAUUGAAGAAUUAUAUAAUGGAAUCGUGAUGAAUGACACACGGUACGGUGCUCGUACUAUCCAAUGAACCGUUUUUCUGUUUUUUUUUGUUUUCCGUGAGCUUCGUGACAAUCCGCAUACCGUACUCGAGUAUCACACCACGGAGCAUGCUUUGUCACCCGCAUUACCUAUAGCAGAACGGUUGUUUGCUUCGCCAUGCUCGACCUUCGGGGUUGCCAUCUUCGCCUCCCUCACUCCCACAAAACCGCUCACCAGCCAGUCAACCAGCCGACCGACGCCUUUUUCCCUCUCACGCCCCUCUUCCUGUUCCCUCUGAUUGAGCAAACGGAAGGAGAGUGUGUGAGAGUGAGAGUGAGAGUGAGAGUGAGAGAGAGUGUGUGAGAGCGAGAGAAAGGGAGGGAGAGCGUGCAUCAAGUCAACCCACAGGGUCCACACUCGACUUGCAGGCCAACGCCGCUUGCCGCUACCUUACCACUCUUACCUAUCCGCCUUCCUUACCCUACCCUAUCCACCUACCUGCCUGCCUGCCCAUACGACAUCAUACCUUUAGUUGCUUGCUCACUCGCUUUACCUCCCCACACCAGCACCUUCACCACUACGACCACCACCACCACCACCACCACCAACAACACGCGAAAACCCAAUCCCACCGAGACGGGAAAAAGGGAGGCAGAGACCGUAAAAAAAAAAAAAAUAAAGAGAGAGAGAGAAAGGGGGGGAAAGGGGAGUACUAAUAGUGGCCAGAUAAACCACUGCAACCUAAACAACAACAGCGAUCCCGGUCCCACCUCCGAUGACCAAGAGGGACUCUCCGGGGCCCUCAAGCUCCGAGCCGCCGCGGAAACGUCCACUGAACAUCGACGCGAAUGGCAAACCCAGGUUUCGUGGAUGCGACAGCAUCAAGGCUUACGAGAUACUGGAGAAGCUUGGUGAGGGAACUUUUGGGUAUGUUUGCUUGCUAUUACUUGGAGAGGAAAGGGCGGGGGUGAAGGAUGGUCGGAUUGGGCUGGAAGGGAGAGAGGUAGUUUAGCGAUAAUAAUGAUGGGGCCUUCUUCUAGGGAAGUUCAUAAGGCUCGACAUAGAUCUACCCACGCUCUAGUUGCUUUGAAGAAGAUUUUGAUGCAUAAUGCAAAGGAGGAUGGGGUGAGUCUCUCUUUCUUCGUCUCGCUCCUUUCAAUAUUUUGUGCUCCAGCGGGCUCUCACGCCCGCCCGCCCGCCCGCUCGCUCAUGUGUUGUCAUUAAGCGGGGUGAUUCGCUAUGUGUUUUUUAUGCGGGUUUUCUUUCUUCUUUCUUUUCUUUUUUUCUCCUCUUUCGCGGGGGCCUAUCGGUUGCUAAUGAGGUGUUUUCACUCUUUCUCACGAAAAUAUAGUUCCCGAUUACCUCACUGCGCGAGAUCAAGAUUCUCAAGGCGCUUUCGCACAAGAAUAUUAUACGAUUAAUGGAGAUGGCGGUCGAACGUAAAAGUACGGGAUUCAUCCAUUCACUCAUGCGAAAACAUUCUUCUCCUCCUCCUCCUCCUCCGCUAAUCGCUACCGAUUGCAAUGGCUGACGUAUCGAUCCUUUUCCCUUUUGCGCUGUUGUUUUUGCAGAGGAGCGCGGACCGGCUACCAGAGGGACUCUUUACAUGGUUUUUCCCUACAUGCAUCAUGACUUGGCUGGCUUGCUGGAGAAUCCGGAUGUCAAAUUCAGUGAGCCGCAGAUUAAGUGCUAUAUGAUUCAAUUGUUGGAGGGGACAAGAUACCUUCAUCAGGUAUUUAUUUGGAAUUUUUUCGCUCCAUCUCCGAUGGUCCCAAGAUGGGCGUUGAGGGAUCUAGGCUGACUCUUGGAAUGGUUAGAAUAACAUCUUACAUCGCGAUAUGAAAGGUUAGUUUGAAAUGGAUGGAUCAGAUCUUAUUUUUUUUUCUUUUUCUCGCGGCUGUUCCUCCCGCGGGCCCAAGUUCUAACUCGGUUUUCGAACAACAGCGGCAAACUUGCUUAUCGACAACAGAGGGAUAUUGCAAAUUGCCGAUUUCGGCUUAGCAAGGAAAUUUGAGGAACCGGUCCCUGUGCCUGGCGGUGGCGGCGGUGUCGCCGAUAGAGAUUAUACUAACUGUGUUGUUACUCGUUGGUAUCGGCCACCGGAGUUGCUCCUGGGCGAGCGAAAGUACACUUCGGCGAUCGAUUUGUGGGGUGUUGGGUAUGAUCUUCGUCCCCCUCCCCCCCCCCAAAUUGGCUCAUUCCGAAGUGCCUAACGGUCGAGCCCCUUAGAUGCGUUUUUGCGGAGAUGUAUAGAGGCAGACCGAUACUCCAGGGGAAUACCGACAUCGAUCAGGUGAUUAAGAUUUUCCAGCUCUGCGGGUCGCCUACACAGAAGAACAUGCCCGGUUUCGAUAGGUUGCCUGGUUGUGAGGGGGUGAAGUCGUUUGGUCCGUUUCAGCGAACGUUGGAGGCGCAUUACAGUUCGUAAGGGUACCUAGGCCAGCCCUACUAGUGGUUGGGGCUAAUUGUAUGGCAGAAUGGGUAGCGCGGGUGUAUCGUUGUUGUCACAGCUUCUAAAGCUUGAUCCUCAGAGGCGGAUUAAUGCGAUGGAUGCGCUUAAACAUGAGUACUUUACCGCGGACCCCCUCCCGGCGAAUCCUAGCGAUCUGCCAUCCUUCGAAGAUAGUCACGAGCUUGAUAGGAAAAAGUUUCGUCACCAGAAGGCGCAUCUCCCACCCGCACCCGCAGGUGGCACAGUUGGCAUUGGUCAGGAUGGGGCCGGGGGGUGGAGUGGGAGGGCAGGGGAGUUACCAUGGGCAAACGGCACCGGGGCAGGACCAAGUCGGGGGGGUCGCCCAAACAACGAUCCAUGGGCAAACGGUGGAGGUCAGCGUUACGGGCGCCAGCACGAUAACAGGAUGCUGCCCCAUGACAGCCGGGUCCCGCCAGGGCACCGACCGGGUCCAGAUCAUCGACAAUGGAGUCGUCCCGGGGGAUUGGACCAUCGCGAGUUGGGAUUACCGCCCCGACCACCCCAGGCCGGGCACAUGGACAGGGAGCCUAGGGGUCCCCCUCCCAGGGCCAAUCGGGGUAACGGAGGCGGCAAUGUCGAUACAUAUAUACCAUCCUACGGAACCGGAGGUCCAGAUGACCGUCGUGGUACCAACAGGAGUAGAGAUUGGGACCGGGACAGAGGCGAUAGGGACCGGGGCGACAGAGGCGAUAGAGGUGAUCGCAGGGAUAGGGGACACGAUCGAGGUUACAAUGGGGGCGGGGGUGGAGGGCCUGGCGGUGGGGGUGGAGGUGGCAUCCAGCGACGAAGUUCCAGUCGGGACCGUCACCGGGAGGAACCUGCCAGCAAUAUCUAUCGCCGAUAG